AAGUGCGGAUGGCCUCCCUGGUAAUCUACUGUGUGAUCCUCAUUGUGGGGACUCUGGGCAACGGCCUGGUUAUCUACGUGACAGGCUGCAGGAUGAAGAGAACAGUCAACUCAGUUUGGUUUCUCAACUUGGCCGUGGCUGACUUCCUCUUUACGGCCUUCCUGAUUUUAACAAUCAUUUCCAUCUCUCAGGAUCAUCAAUGGCAAUUUGGAGAAUUCAUGUGCAAGCUCAACAGCUUUGUGAUCAUAGUCAACAUGUUUGCCAGCAUCUUUCUUCUGACAGCCAUAAGUCUGGAUCGUUGCCUGUCAAUCUGGGUGGUGGUGUGGGCACAAAACAAGCGCACCGUUUGCAAAGCCCAGCUCAUAUGCAUUUGCAUCUGGAUGACUGCUAUGGUCUGCAGCACCCCUUAUGCCAUUUUUCGCAAGCUUGGUGUUAGAGAUGGGAAGAGUUAUUGUGGUUAUUCUGAUUCCAUAACACCUGAACAAAUGUGGAUUCUUGGCAUUUUUCGCUUUGUUGUGGGCUUCCUCAUCCCAUUCCUGGUAAUAAUUGUCUGUUAUGUGGCCAUAGCUGUUCGUGCAGGGCGCCUGCAUAGGGUCAGGAAACAGAGAUCUCGCCGAAUUAUUUUUUCUAUUGUUCUUGCAUUCUUCAUCUGCUGGUUGCCCUACCAUAUUUUACAUUUUAUAGAGUUAAAGGCCUCUAAUAACCCAGAUCUUAAGAAUACUGUCAUGAUUGUAGGUCCACUGGCUUUGAGUCUGGCUUUUAUGAACAGUUGCCUGAACCCCAUUCUCUAUGUAUUCUUGUGUGAUGAAUUCCAGAAGAAGCUCAGGCAGUCCAUAUGCUUUGUCCUAGAGAGUGCCCUGGCAGAGGACCACUUGUCCUUUAUGUCCUCUCGUUCCUUGUCGUCACACUUUUCUCGGAUUUCCCGGAAGUCAGACUCUACUGCACCUUUAGAGAGGAAAGGCACAGAAACUUCCUUAAACUUCACAGAAUGCAAAGUGGUCAUCACUGGCGAGAGAGAGACUGUGAGCACUGAAUAAAGGCCUCCACAGACACUUCCUGAAACUUCACAGAAAGCAAAGUGGUUAUCACUGACGAGAGAGUGAGACAUUGAGCACUGAUUAAGACCCCAGGCAUUGUAACUUCAAUGAGUCCAGAUUUUUUUUAAAGCAAACUUGUAAUCAAUAGUGACAAAAGAAAAACACAAACUGAAAGUGACAUGUUAAAUUGAUUCGGUCAGUACUUUUGUGCACAGAAACAAAUGUGUUGAAUAUUUGCUAUGAUUGAUUGAUUGAUUGAAUGAUGUUUUUAUUCACGUGUCAUGCCACUAAGUGACCCAUCCCACACGGAAUUACAUGACACCAAUACAACAGUAACCAAUUUGUUUUUACAUUUUUUUAUAUUAAUGCACCUUUUCACAAUCAGAUGUUUUCACUCAUGGCUGAUAAGACAUCCCCACCGACUCCCCUGUUACUGCGUUGCAUCUGUUACAUCUUCCACCUUUUUCUUACAAGUACAUGUAGAUUGAUAUCACAUAGCUCCCUAUAUGUUACAGGUCUAAUCAGCCGGAAUAAUUGAAAACACCUGUGUGGGUAUUUCUUUGUGUAACAAUGAAUUAUUUUGUACCAUGUAAACUUUAAGACAUCAGAUAUGGAAUUGCCUAUAACUAAUAUGAUAAAGGAACCAAUUUGAUGUUUGUUUGUAAGCUUUUGAUGCUCAUUUACCCAUGGUUAUUGACAGGCUAUUUGUCCAUAGCAGCAUCCAUGAUAUGUCACACAAGACUGAGCUUUAAUAAUUGAGCGUUUCAAUAAGGUGAAUAAAAAUAUAU